GGGAGCUGUAGUCCCCUCCCCCCUCCGCCGCCUCCCGGAGCCAGGGCUGCGGGGUGUGGGGCGGGGAGGAGGCGCUCUGCUGUGGAGCCUGCCGCCGAGUGACCGCUCGACUACAAAUAGCCUGGGGAGCUGCGGGGAGGGCAUCUUGACCUGGGCCAGGACAACCUGCCUUGGGUCGGAGCAGGUUCCAGGGAGAAUCAGAGAUGGUGAAUUCCCAGCCUGCGUCUUAUGCCUUCUCUCCAUCCGCUGCUCCUCCUCAUCCUGGCUUCCCACCGCUGAGCUCCGCGUGUGCGGCACCCACCUCAGGGGGCCUUUACCUGGUCCAGAAGUGCAUCUGUCUUUGCACCAGAUUACUGGGGACCUCAAGCGUCUGCUCCAGCGGCUCUCCUGUGGCAUGUGACUUCCCCUUCUCGCUCCAGCGUCCUGCUGUUUUCUACGAGAUUGUUAUUCCAGGAAGGCUCAUUUCCCCUUUGAUCCAUCAUUCCUUCCCUUUUACCUUUCUACUCCUCAAAGCCCCUGUCUAUUCUUCGUGGAAGCUUUCCCUUGGAGGGUAACCACACACCUACCAGGUGGCGCUAAAGAAGCCUUUACGUUUCUGGGAAAUACUCCAGCCCUGGACUUACUACCAGAGGAAUACUCAGCUCCCAAGUCAAAGUUUAAGGUCCCAUGGAGAGCCUCCGGGUUCACCUAUAACCUGGUUUCUUCCUUACCUGUUUUGAACGGUUUCUAUUCUCUUCACUCAUACACCUCUCGUUCUCCUGUCUCCAAACCAGACCUUAGUCUGAUGACCACUGGCAUGAAGGAAGAAGGAGGAAGUGUGGCAUAAAUAACUUCCCCCUUUGCCGAUUAUAAUAAUAAUCUAUUAUUCAACCUUUUACUGGUCUAAUCUUCCAACAACUGUAGGAGAUAGGGAUUAUCAUCACUGCUUUACAAAUAAAGUGUGGAGAAUUUUAAAAACUUACCAUACAGCGGAAACUUGAACUCAGAUCUCUCAGCCUUUUGUCUCCUUUUUCAAACCAAGUCUUGCUGCACCUCAAGAAAGACAAGAAGGUCAUCAAGAGAGAGGGCACAGGUACAGAGAUGCCCAUGAUUGGGGACCGAGUCUUUGUCCACUACACUGGCUGGCUAUUAGAUGGCACAAAGUUUGACUCCAGUCUGGAUCGCAAGGACAAAUUCUCCUUUGACCUGGGAAAAGGGGAGGUCAUCAAGGCUUGGGACAUUGCCAUAGCCACCAUGAAGGUGGGGGAGGUGUGCCACAUCACCUGCAAACCAGAAUAUGCCUACGGUUCAGCAGGCAGUCCUCCAAAGAUUCCCCCCAAUGCCACGCUUGUAUUUGAGGUGGAGUUGUUUGAGUUUAAGGGAGAAGAUCUGACGGAAGAGGAAGAUGGCGGAAUCAUUCGCAGAAUACAGACUCGCGGUGAAGGCUAUGCUAAGCCCAAUGAGGGCGCUAUCGUGGAGGUUGCACUGGAAGGGUACUACAAGGACCAGCUCUUUGACCAGCGGGAGCUCCGCUUUGAGAUUGGCGAGGGGGAGAACCUGGAUCUGCCUUAUGGUCUGGAGAGGGCCAUUCAGCGCAUGGAGAAAGGAGAACAUUCCAUUGUGUACCUCAAGCCCAGCUAUGCUUUUGGCAGUGUUGGGAAGGAAAAGUUCCAAAUCCCACCAAAUGCUGAGCUGAAAUAUGAAUUACACCUCAAGAGUUUUGAAAAGGCCAAGGAGUCUUGGGAGAUGAAUUCAGAAGAGAAGCUGGAACAGAGCACCAUAGUGAAAGAGCGGGGCACUGUGUACUUCAAGGAAGGUAAAUACAAGCAAGCUUUACUACAGUAUAAGAAGAUCGUGUCUUGGCUGGAAUAUGAGUCUAGUUUUUCCAAUGAGGAAGCACAGAAAGCACAGGCCCUUCGACUGGCCUCUCACCUCAACCUGGCCAUGUGUCAUCUGAAACUACAGGCCUUCUCUGCUGCCAUUGAAAGCUGUAACAAGGCCCUAGAACUGGACAGCAACAACGAGAAGGGCCUCUUCCGCCGGGGAGAGGCCCACCUGGCCGUGAAUGACUUUGAACUGGCACGGGCUGAUUUCCAGAAGGUCCUGCAGCUCUACCCCAACAACAAAGCCGCCAAGACCCAGCUGGCUGUGUGCCAGCAGCGGAUCCGAAGGCAGCUUGCCCGGGAGAAGAAGCUCUAUGCCAAUAUGUUUGAGAGGCUGGCUGAGGAGGAGAACAAGGCCAAGGCAGAGGCUUCCUCAGGAGACCAUCCCACUGACACAGAGAUGAAGGAGGAGCAGAAGAGCAACACGGCAGGGAGCCAGUCUCAGGUGGAGACAGAAGCAUAGCCCCUCUCCACCAGCCCUACUCCUGCGGCUGCCUGCCCCCCAGUCUCCCCACUCCACCCUGUUAGUUUUGUAAAAACUGAAGAAUUUUGAGUGAAUUAGACCUUUAUUUUUCUAUCUGGUUGGAUGGUGGCUUUAGGGGAAGGGGGAAAGGUGUAGGCUGGGGGAUUGAGUUGGGGAAUCAUUUUAGCUGGUGUCACCCCCUCUUCCCUUCCUCCAUUGCACAUGAACAUAUGUCCAUCCAUAUAUAUUCAUCAGAAUGUUAAUUUAUUUUGCUCCCUCUGUUAGGUCCAUUUUCUAAGGGUAGAAGAGGCAGGUGGUAGGGAUGGGGUCUGAUAAGAACCCAGGGUGGAGAGGGAGACUCCUGGGCAGCCGUUUUCCUCAUCCUUUCCCUCUCCCAGUCCAUUUCCAAACGUGGCCUCCAUGUGGGUGCUAGGGACAUGGGAAAAACCACUGCUAUGCCAUUUCUUCUCUCUGUUCCCUUCCUCACCCCCGACGGUGUGGCUGAUGAUGUCUUCUGGUGUCAUGGUGACCACCCCCUGUUCCCUGUUCUGGUAUUUCCCCUGUCAGUUUCCCCUCUCGGCCAGGUUGUGUCCCAAAAUCCCCUCAGCCUCUUCUCUGCACGUUGCUGAAGGUCCAGGCUUGCCUCAAGUUCCGUGCUUGAGCAAUAAAGUGGAAACAAUAAAA